ACUCAGUCACCUGCUUCUAGCCCAGGCCCCUCUGCUCUGGGAUUCUCUCAGACCGGAAUCUCCAAAGGCCAGCCACGGGAGCCUCUUAUUCAGCGAACACGUGGAUGCCUUCCUCAGGCCGACACUGCGCCGGGCACCGGGCCCGCAGAGCAAGAGGAGUGCUGACUUGGAGGAGCUUUGGGUCUAAAGAGGGAGGAUGGAGGUAGACCUGUCAGGGUUCAACAUCGAUGCUCCCCGCUGGGACCAAAGCAUGUUCCUGGGGCGGGUGAAGCACUUCUUCAAUAUCACGGAUCCCCGAACGGUCCUGGUGCCAGAGCGGGAACUGGACUGGGCCAAGCUGAUGGUGGAGAAGAGCCGGAUGGGCACUGUGCCCCCGGGCACCCAAGUGGAACAAUUGCUAUAUGCCAAGAAGCUGUACGACUCAGCCUUCCACCCCGACACUGGAGAGAAGAUGAAUGUCAUCGGGCGCAUGUCCUUCCAGGUCCCUGGGGGCAUGAUCCUCACCGGCUUCAUGCUGCAGUUCUACAGGACAGUGCCGGCGGUGGUCUUCUGGCAGUGGGUGAACCAGUCUUUCAACGCCUUAGUCAACUACACCAACAGGAAUGCAGCUUCCCCCACGUCGAUCAGGCAGAUGGCCCUUUCCUACUUCACAGCCACAACCACUGCCGUGGCCACUGCUGUGAGCAUGAACACACUGACAAAGAGAGCCCCGCCCCUGGUGGGCCGCUGGGUGCCCUUUGCCGCCGUGGCAGCAGCCAACUGUGUCAACAUCCCAAUGAUGCGACAACAGGAGCUCCUCCAGGGCAUCUGUGUGAAGGCCAGGGAUGACACGGAGCUUGGCCAUUCUCGGAGAGCUGCAGCUGUGGGCAUCACCCAAGUGGUUAUUUCCCGGAUCACCAUGGCAGCACCUGGCAUGAUCUUACUGCCGGUCCUCAUGGAACGACUGGAGAAACUGCAUUUCAUGAAGAAAGUCAAGGCCCUGCAUGCCCCGUUGCAAGUUGUGCUGUGUGGGUGCUUUCUCAUCUUCAUGGUGCCCGUGGCGUGUGGACUCUUCCCGCAGACAUGCCGACUGCCGGUUUCUUUCCUGGAACCUGAGCUCCAAGACACCAUCAGGGCCUCCUAUGGAGACCGCGUGGCUCAUGUCUACUUCAAUAAGGGUCUCUAGCUGCCCUGCCCCAGCAGGGACCAGUCUGCCUGCAAGCUCAUCAGCUCUUCCCUGGCUGCAGUGCACGCCCGGCCCUCGCUCCUCUUUGCCUCCAAGGCCUGAAGGCCAGAGUGGGAUUGGGGUUGGUGGGGAGGAGGCAUUGCCCCUCCAGCCCAGGGACCUGGGGGGUGAGGUGGUGUAAAAAUGCACCAGGGGGGCGCACAGACCAAGGCCUUCUAUCCGCUCCCUACUCCCAGCCCCCAUUCCCUGGAGACCAGGAGCGGGGAGAAGUUGCUGAUGCCUGCAGGGCAGACCCUCAAGCUAACCAGUUGGGCACCUUGGGAGGCCUUUGGGAUGCUGGGGUUCUGGCCACGAUUGAGGAGAGGCUGCUGGAACCCAGAGAAGUGCUGGUUCUCCCCACUUCUCUUACUUCUCCACCCAAACCAAGCCAUGGCAUCUUUGACCUGUGCCGUUCAUACUCGGUCAGGAGGAGAUGAGGCAAAGGUGUCCUUCCCCUGGCCUUCUUGUCUGUACCCUGCCCCACUCGCCGCCCCAUUGCCCCC